AUGCAUGACAAUGAUAAAGUAAAAACGAUUGUCAAGUUCCAAAAUUUGCAAGCCGCAUGCGUCGGUCCAGCAAAAGGCGCCUUAGGCGAAUGGGAUCUCACAGAUGAGAACUAUAGCAAGGCAUGGGAACGUUUGCAAUCAAUUUAUGAAGACGACUACAUGCAAGUCCAAUCAUUCAUGCAAAAAUUGGCAGAGCUGCCACAGAUAAAUGGAUCGACAAGCAAAACCAUCCGCGAUACAAUUGAUAUCGUACAAAAACACAUACAUGGUUUAAAACGAUACGUUGAAAUGAAUGACAACCACCCAUACGUGGUAUUUGCGGUCAUAAGCAAAAUGGAUACAGAUACGUAUCGUGCAUGGGAAAAAUAUCGGCCAUCACUGACGAAAGCAUGUACAGCAAAUGAUGGGACCGAAACAAACAAUGCAAUCAGACCAGGGAAACACAUUCCAACAUGGUCUGAACUUGAACAGUUUUUAGAAGGUGAAGUGACGAUUCGAGUACAUGCUGAAAGACGCUCGAAUAUUGAAAAAUCACAACCAAGCAAUGCGCUCGCACCCAAAAAACAACUCAAACGCCUUGGAAAAAACACAAAAAAUGAGUUUAAUGCAAAUUCACAAAGAACCACAAAGUGUUCAUCAUGUGAUGGUUCACACACCAUUUAUACAUGCCAAGAAUUCAAAGACAUGAACUUAGUCUCUCGUCUAAACAGAGUAGCCGAACGAGAAUUAUGUGUUCGAUGUUUAUGGAAAGGCCACAUAGGCCAAUGUAAAAACAAGAGAAACAAUCAACCAUGUCCCAAAUGCUUGCCAGAUCAUAAAUAUCACAACAGCAUGCUCUGCCCAAAUACAAUUUCAUCGGCUAAUGCGGCUAUGAAAGUAGUUGGCGAUCAAAACAAGCGCAAAAAUUGGAGAGGCAAGCAGCCAAAUCCCAAGAGACAAUGCAAAAAUGAAAAUAGUAAUGUUUCAAAGCAGAACAAACUACAUUUGUCAAUCAACAAAGUUGGCGACUGUUCAUUAAUAGCGCAAAGCAACGCAAUCAAAAGCAUUAACCCAAGAUGCCAAAGUAAGUUUGAAAAAACAACAUUGUUGGCAACAUUAAAUAUACGCAUAGAGAUGCUAUUGACUAAGAUAAUUGUUUAUUGCAGAACAAUAGCGGACACAGGUGCGACACUCAAUUGUGUCACACUAAACUUCGUGAUGGAAAACAAGCUGCCAACCACGAAAUGUCAAAAGAGAAUAUUAGGCGUAAGCGGCCCAGAGAUUAUAAAGCAUAAAAUCAUAGCAAUAGUCAGACCAUGGUUUGAUAGCGAGUUUGCAAUCAAAACCGAAUUUUUUGUCCUAAAACAACUGGAUGGAAUUUAUCCAGAACGACAGAUCAACGUAGCCAAAGAUGAAAUAAAACAUUUAGUCUUAGCAGAUGAGAAUUUCGAUAUGCCAGCUCCAAUAGAUGCACUAAUUGGAGUAGAAAUGUACUCAGAUAUAAUAGAACCCGGGUUAUAUAAGCAUAAAGACGGUGCAAUAAUGCAAGCUACACGAUUUGGUCACAUAAUAUUAGGCAAAUUUAUUACUAAGCAUCAAACUAAUGAUUUAAUCGCAUUAAAUGCUAUGCAAAAUGAUGUUUUUAAUAUAAAUAAAGAUAAAAAUGAAAAAUUACAGAAUGCAUUAUCUAAAUUCUGGGAAAUUGAAGACACAAACAAAUGCGAAAGCAAAAUAAUCUUAAGCGAAGAACACCACAUAGUAGAAGAGUUGUUUAAGAAAACAUACUACAGAGAAGCAAAUGGUAGGUAUGUUGUAACUAUUCCAAUUAAACCAAAAUGCAAAGGUUUAGGCCAUUCAAAAGCUAUGGCAAAAAAGCAAUUCAUGCAGUUGGAAAGCAAGUUUAGAAAAAACCCUGAAUUAAAACAAAAAUAUACAGAAUACAUGAAUGAAAAUAUGAAGCAUGGCUACAUGCGCCUAGCUGACAAGCCAAAAGCCGGCGAAUUAUGCAAUUGGAUACCACACCAUGCAGUUUUGAAAAAAUUCAGAGUAGUGAUGAAUGCAUCACAGCCGACAUCAAAUGGUGAAUCACUAAAUUCAAUUCAAAUGAAAGGCCCAAAGCUACAGUAUGACUCUCAACUACAGACAAUGCGUUUUAGAAGACAUAAACAUGCAGUAGCGACUGACAUUACAAAAAUGUUCAAUAAAGUAGGACUUAAUCCCAACCAAUGGAAUUUGCAUAGAUUAUUCUGGCGAGAUUCCGAAAAUAAAGAGCUCAAAGAAUAUGUUAUGACAGUAGUGAUUUUUGGCGAGGCUUCAUCACCGUACAAUGCAGUACGAUCGAUGAUUCAAUGCGCAAAAGAUCACGCAGAUAAAUUUCCAAUGGCAUCAGAAACAAUCAUUAGAUCAUUUUAUAUGGAUGAUGGAAUUUUCGGAUGUGACACUGUCAUUGAGCUCAAAAUCUUAUGCAAAGAGGUUGAAUUCAUAUUAAGUCAAGGCCACUUCACACUAAAAGGUUGGACAUUAGGGUGUCCGGGGGGUCAAAGAAUUUUAAAUCAGCAAUAA